AUGGGAUUCCGUAUCACUACAUGGAAUGUCAAUGGUAUUCGAAAUCCGUUCUCAUACGAGCCAUGGAGAGGAACGCGGACAUUCGAGUCUAUGUUUGAAAUCCUGGAAGCAGAUAUUGUUGUUCUACAAGAAACCAAGAUUCAGCGCAAAGAUCUCCGAGAUGACAUGGUCCUUGUGCCAGGAUGGGACUGGUACUCUGGUGUCGUAAUUUAUACGCGCAAUGCUACAUGUUCUCCUAUCCGGGCAGAAGAAGGCAUAACUGGUGUCCUCUGCCCACCGAACUCAUCGGUUCCUUUCUGCAACCUUCCAGAAGAGCAGCAGAUUGGCGGAUAUCCGACGACUGAUCAACUUUCCAGACCAACGAUGGCUGAUGUGCUCGAUUCGGAAGAUGAGCAACAUGACGUGAGUCCGAGGCCUGAUGCCAGAAUUGACGCACCAACCCUCGACUCGGAAGGCCGCUGUGUCGUCCUUGAGUUUCCUGCAUUUGUUCUUAUUGGUGUUUAUUGCCCUGCUUAUCGAGACGAGAGUCGGGACAAUUUCCGUAUGGACUUCCUCAAUGCGCUAGAUGCUCGGGUCCGCAACUUGGUUGGAAUGGGGAAACGCGUGAUCGUGACCGGAGACAUCAAUAUUUCAAAGCAGGUCAUUGACACUGCUCAUGGAUUGGAGCUCAUACGGAAAGCUACAACGUCAGCAGAGGAGUUUAUCUCCAGUCCUGCUCGACGUCUGUUCAACCAACUGCUAUCUGAUGGCGUGGUGAUCGGCGAGCGCGAAGAAGGCAGGGAAAAGCCAGUCCUUCUAGAUGUCUGUAGAUCAUUUUACCCAGAUCGCAGUGGCAUGUACACUUGCUGGGAUCAGAAACUAAAUGCCCGGCCGGGGAAUUACGGCUCAAGGAUCGACUAUGUGCUAUGCAGCUUGGAUAUACAAGACUGGUUUUCGGAUUCGAACAUUCAAGAAGGAUUGAUGGGCUCAGACCACUGUCCUGUCUAUGUGGUCUUGAAAGAAUCUGUGAAUCAGCAUGGAGAACAAACUAAAAUUCUGGAUAUUCUCAACCCACCAGGAAUGUUUAGUGAUGGUAAACGACAACAGGAAUAUUCGAAUCGCUGCAUAUUGCCCGCUUCGGGACGUUUGCUGCCAGAGUUUGAUCUUGAUAAGCGCAGAAGCAUCAAAGAUAUGUUUGCCCGCAAGCCUACACCUCUAUCAUCGAACUCGGCGCAUUUAGCCGCUACCCCAGCUGCAGUCUUUGGAGCUCACACCAACAAAACACCGACUGUACACCCAAACCUGAGUCCUGGUACGCGGGAACAAAAGGUUGCUGCACAUACCAUUGAAAACACCGAAUCUCCUCAAACUGCUGCUCGCAAGCGCCCCCGGCUUUCCUCUACUGCAUUCCGAAAAUACCCCAAGCCCUCUGCAGCAACGUCUUCCGGAAUCUCCAUAGGUAGCCAAAAGACAUUAAAGGGCUUCUUCAAACCCAAAGCUACCAAUGAUUAUCCAACUGUACAGUCUCCUACGGUACCUCCAACCUCAUGGGUAUCACCUCUCAACUGCGAAUCAUCUAAACCAUCACAUGAAGACGAAACAGCCUCCUUUGUUGAUCCUGGAAGCCCUUCAAUCACCCAGAAAGACAUAGUUUCCACAGCAAGAGAAGGCAAUGCCGUCAACAACGACUUUAUCAUCGACCCAAUUGCAAGCAAGGAGGAUUGGUCGAAGCUAUUUACCAAGAGGCCGGCUCCAUCAUGUGAUGGGCACAAAGAGCCAUGUAUCAGUCUGACGACAAAAAAGCCUGGAAUGAAUCGUGGCCGCUUGUUUUGGAUCUGUUCACGGCCAUUGGGACCCAACGGAGAAAAGGAAAAGGGCACACAAUGGCGAUGUCCUACGUUCAUCUGGGCCAGUGAUUGGAACUCAUCCGCUGGAUUGCAUGAGUCAUAA